CGAACGCGUGUGAACGGUACGCGUCGCUCCAAGUUCUCAGUACGGCUUAGACUUCAGCCGGACGGGGUCUGGUCUAUCUUGUUCUUGGCGUGCGACAACAAAGCCGACAAUCGCACCACGCCGGACUACCGAUAAGGAAACGAAUUGCAGCUCUAACGGAACCAACGGAACUCAGUAAGCCUCGUUGCAGCAACAGGAACAAGAUCGCGAGCCCCAGCGAUCCACGAUUAACGAAAUAGUUGUUUUCCAUGCGGGGCGAUACUGUUGCUCGACAGAGGGAACGAACGAUAUUUUUGCAACGAGAGUCGAAGAUAAAUAUUUCACGCGAUUAUUCCGACGCGUCCAAUACGCGCAGCGCGGGUGAAAUCAAUUGGAUAUUCGAAACACAGGGAAUAGAGUUUCCGUUCGAACGGGAAUAUUAUAGAUUUUUAACGAGCCCGUUCUAGUCGUUCUGUUUCUGAAAGACUGCGCGCGGCGUGCGAUCACACGUGGCAAAGGUGUUACAACGAAAUUCUUCAAAAUGCAUUCCACGCGAGCGAAAAUUGCGCUGGUCAGGCACAGAAAUGUGCUGCAAGUGUACAAAAUCGCGUCGAGGUUCUUCGGCACCGAUGUCCAGUACAAACCGAUCAGAAGCGUGCUCGUCGCGAAUCGAGGUGAAAUCGCGAUUCGAGUGUUUCGAGCAUGUAACGAACUUGGGAUUCGAUCGGUGGCGAUCUAUUCGGAGCAAGACAAAAUGCAGAUGCACAGACAGAAGGCCGACGAGGGUUACGUGGUCGGGAAAGGACUUCCACCUGUUCAGGCCUAUUUGAAUAUUCCAGAAAUCAUAAAAGUCGCCAAAGAAAACGACGUCGACGCCAUUCAUCCGGGUUACGGUUUCCUGUCUGAGCGAUCAGAUUUCGCGCAAGCGGUAAUCGAUGCUGGAAUUAGGUUCAUCGGUCCUAGUCCGAAAGUUGUACAACAAAUGGGAGACAAGGUAGCCGCAAGACAAGCCGCGAUAGGAGCUGGAGUUCCAAUUGUUCCGGGAACAGAUGGACCAGUGACCUCGUCCGACGAAGCUGUGGAGUUUUGCAUUAAACACGGACUGCCAGUCAUUUUCAAAGCCGCCUACGGAGGAGGAGGAAGAGGUAUGAGAGUCGUCAAGCAAAUGGAAGAAGUGAAAGAAAUGUUCGAGCGUGCCAUGUCGGAGGCAGCAGCGGCUUUCGGAAACGGAGCCAUGUUCAUUGAGAAAUUCAUUGAGAGACCGAGGCAUAUAGAAGUUCAGUUAUUGGGCGACAAAGCUGGCAAUGUCGUUCAUCUUUACGAACGUGAUUGUUCCGUGCAACGUCGCCAUCAAAAGGUCGUUGAGAUCGCCCCUGCGCCAAAGUUGGAUCCCACAACUAGGAAUAGGAUGACUGACUAUGCGGUAAAAUUGGCGAAGUACGUCAAUUAUUCGAACGCUGGGACCGUAGAAUUUUUGGCCGACGAGUCCGGAAACUUCUACUUCAUUGAGGUCAAUGCUAGACUUCAAGUAGAACACACAGUGACUGAAGAAAUUACCGGAAUCGACUUGGUGCAAUCUCAGAUCCGAGUUGCUGAAGGUAUGACCUUGCCCGAGCUUGGCAUGACGCAGGAGAAGAUAGUUCCUCAAGGAUUCGCCAUACAGUGCCGUGUGACCACGGAGGAUCCCGCGAAAAACUUCCAACCGGACACCGGAAGGAUCGAAGUGUUCCGUUCCGGCGAGGGUAUGGGUAUUCGAUUGGACAGCGCAUCCGCCUUCGCUGGAGCCAUUAUUUCACCCUACUAUGAUUCUCUUCUCGUGAAGGUGAUAGCACACGCUGGCGAUCUGCAAUCGUCCUGCGCGAAAAUGAAUCGUGCCCUGCGCGAGUUUCGUGUUCGAGGGGUGAAAACGAAUAUUCCAUUCUUGCUGAACGUGUUGGAGAACCAGAAGUUCCUCAACGGGAACGUCGACACGUAUUUCAUCGACGAGAACCCGCAGCUCUUUCAGUUCCAGCAGAGUCAGAAUCGUGCGCAGAAAUUGCUGAACUACCUGGGUACCGUUCUCGUAAACGGCCCCAGCACGCCAUUGGCGACGAACCUCAAACCGGCCGAGAUCAAGCCACACAUUCCCCAGAUCGCCAGAGACUUUGCUAAGCUUGCAGCUGCAGGAGAGAACAGUGACGCGGACUUGCCAGACAUUUUGGAACCACCGAAAGGGUUUCGUCACAUCUACAAGGAACAGGGGCCGGAAGCGUUCGCCAAGGCCAUUAGGCAGCACAAAGGAUUGCUCCUGAUGGACACCACCUUCCGUGACGCCCAUCAGUCACUUUUGGCGACUCGCGUGAGAUCGUACGAUCUUCUGACGAUCUCGCCCUUCGUCGCCCAGAAGUUCAACAGUCUUUACUCUUUGGAGAACUGGGGCGGAGCUACCUUCGACGUAGCCCUGAGAUUCCUGCACGAGUGCCCGUGGGAACGAUUGGAGGAGAUGAGAAAAGCCAUACCCAAUAUCCCGUUCCAGAUGCUCCUCAGAGGCGCGAACGCUGUAGGGUACACCAACUAUCCGGACAACGUUGUGUUCAAAUUCUGCGAGCUGGCUGUGCAGACGGGGAUGGACGUCUUCAGAGUGUUCGACUCGUUGAAUUAUCUGCCCAAUUUGAUCCUUGGAAUGGAUGCAGUUGGUAAGGCUGGUGGUAUAAUCGAGGCCGCUAUUUCGUACACGGGGGACGUGAGUGACCCAAACAAGACUAAAUACAACCUGAAGUAUUACACGGACUUGGCGGACGAGCUGGUGAAGGCCGGAACCCACGUUCUGUCGAUCAAAGAUAUGGCGGGUCUUUUGAAGCCCAAAGCCGCCAGGUUGCUCAUCGACGCGAUCAGGCAGAAGCAUCCUGAUGUACCACUGCACAUUCACACCCACGACACCGCUGGCGCUGGCGUGACGUCCAUGUUAGCUUGCGCUGAGAGCGGAGCAGACGUUGUUGACGUAGCCGUUGACAGUAUGUCUGGAAUGACCAGUCAACCUUCCAUGGGUGCUGUGGUUGCGUCUCUUAUCGGAACGCCACUCGACACGAAGUUUGAUCUCAGCGAUGUUUCUGAAUACUCCGCGUAUUGGGAGCAGACCAGAACUCUGUACGCGCCCUUCGAGUGCACCACAACGAUGAAAUCCGGAAACGCGGACGUCUAUUUGAACGAAAUCCCCGGAGGCCAGUACACGAACUUGCAAUUCCAGGCCUAUUCCCUCGGUUUGGGAGAAUUCUUCGAGGACGUUAAGAAAGCGUACAGAGAGGCCAAUUUGUUGCUCGGGGACAUCAUUAAAGUGACACCAAGCUCGAAGGUUGUCGGAGAUUUUGCCCAGUUUAUGGUUCAGAAUAAACUGACAGCCGAGGAUGUUUUAAACAAGGCUGAGGAAUUGUCUUUCCCGAAAUCGGUCGUCGAGUUCCUGCAGGGCGCCAUCGGUGAACCUUAUGGAGGAUUCCCUGAACCCCUUAGAUCGAAGGUGCUGAAAGACAUGCCAAGAAUAAAGGGAAGGCCAGGCGCGACUCUGGCCCCGCUGGAUUUCGGCGCUUUGAAAACAAAAUUACAAGAAUCCUACCCUCAUAUCACGAACAAAGACGUGAUGUCGGCGGCUCUCUACCCGGAAGUGACGAACGAUUACUUGACCUUCAAAGAUGAGUUCGGACCGGUGGACAAGCUGGAGACCAGGUUCUUCUUGACGGGGCCAAAGGUCGGCGAGGAGUUCGACGUGACCAUCGCGAAGGGAAAAACCUUGGCUUUCAAGACGCUGGCUGUCGCUGAAGACUUGACGCCACAGGGAGAACGCGAGGUCUUCUUCGAGAUGAACGGACAGCUCAGAUCUGUGUUCAUCAGGGACAAGGAAGCUGUCAAGGAGCUCCACGUUCACCCGAAGGCUGCCAAGGGUGACAAGAACCAAGUUGGAGCACCGAUGCCCGGUACUGUGAUCGACAUAAGAGUGAAAGUAGGCGACAGCGUCGAAAAAGGGGCGCCUUUGGUGGUUUUGUCGGCGAUGAAAAUGGAAAUGGUGGUGCAGGCGCCGAAAGCAGGAAAGGUCAAGUCGUUGGAGGUCACUCAGGGUAUGAGAUUAGAGGGUGAAGAUCUAAUUUUAACCUUCGAAUAAAUCUUCCAACCCCACCAGGCUGGAAAGCCCUUCGACGUCGUCGUUUUGCACAUUCUCGAAGCAAGAGUACGUUUUGUUUAAUCGAUCAUAGCUGUACGCCAUCGCUGCCUGUACAAAAAACAAUCCUACUGUACAAUUGUACAUACGCUCUAGCUUUAAACCGAGGCUCGAAUUUACGUCGAACCCUUUUUUUAUAUAUAUUUCUAAGCAAUCCUUCCUCGGAGAACGUUUGUUUAAAAAAUUCAUUUUAAUACGAUUUCUUGGUCUUCGAUAGCGAGAGAUAUUCGAGAAUGAUUUUUAGAGUUUCACGAACACUGAAAGUUUACUACAGAGAAGCUGCUUGAUUAAACAAAGGCUCUUGCACUGAAACGAAGACAGACAUUGAUUGAUGAAACGAGAGCAACGAACGUCCCCGUUGUAAACUUCAUCGCGUUGCUCGUAGGUUGGUAAAACAAUUAUUUCGUCGUGUAAUAUAUUUUUUAUUCCGUUCGUAUUUGUCAGUCAUUCGCCGAGGUCAUUCUUCUUUCGCGCCGUUUCAUUCACUUUAGUCUUUAGCGUAGGGUCGCGAUCGUUGUACAUUAAUUUUUAACUAGAACUUAAACGCGAUCACACGAAACUGUGUUCACAUUCGACGACGAAAAGCGAACCGCGACGGCAUAAAUUUUGGCCAGCCAGCAAGUUCAACAACGAUGAACAUUAUUGCAAUCGUGCCAAAAUUUCUGCCAGCGCAUUCUAGCCAAACUAUGGUCCGUGGAAUAACUUUCUGCCUCAUCGAAUGAUCUUCGAAAAUUUUACAAACACGUUCCAAACUGUCAGCAUACAGAAAGUCGCUAAAAUUUUGGACGAAUUAUACAAAUUCACCGAUUCCCGUUUUUAACACGCGAUCGGUUUUUGGUGAUUUAAGUUGAAAAAUCAAAACGUCCGAAGUGGCUGAAAGAGAUGUUAAAUAUUUGUUUGAAAUCUACGAAGAACGUCGACGAGUGUCGAUUGUUGUACAAUAGUUUUACAUGAAAGUGAUUAAAUGAACAAAGAAAUCGUGAUUCUCAAGUUUCCAAAAUUCAACGCUCUCAGCGUUUAUUUAUAGAACACGUCUGACAUGAUUAAUUUAAAGAUGUCACAUCCAUAGAGAAGGAUACAAUUUAUUAUAAUUAUUCUCGAGCAAUUUCGAAUAAUUUCCAUGUUCUUCGAACUUGUACAAUUUCGUACGAUUAUAAUUUAUUGUUGUGCAAUUUUUAUCGGUCAGAAACAUAAUCCGGAGCGAUUUGUUCGAACAACGAUAUUGUACAUAUUAAUUUAUAAGCCUGUAAGAAGAGGGGAAUUUUACGCUGAAGCGGAACCGCGAACGAUCGAACGCGUAACAGUGAUUUCCUCGUGAAAAUGUGUAAUAACAGUUGCAUCACGAACUUCGAGCUGAAUUGCAUGAAGUAGUUGUACAUAUAAAUAUUAUACAGUGUGUAUAGGUAUGCAAGAAGCGACGAUGUUUCUCCUUUGUUUGCAUUUUCGAAGGAGUGU